GACUGGAUGUGCAAUCAUAGAAAAAGUGGACAAAAAUGGAACAAAAAUAAAAAUCGAAAGGGAUUAUAUUAAUGGUUGUAUAUUUGAAAAUAUAGUUUCUAGAAGUUAUUCAGAUAUAAAAGAAAAAUCAAUGAGAUGUAUCAUUUGCAAUAAAAUGUUUACUAGAAUCAAACAUUUGCAAAUUCAUAUGAGGAUUCACACUGGAGAAAAACCUUUUAAAUGUGAAGUAUGUGGUAAAGUAUAUUCUCAGAAAAUACAUUUAAAAGUUCAUACAAGAAUUCAUACAAGUGAAAAACCUUACAAAUGUGAUGUUUGUAAAAUGUCAUUUUCUGUAUGUACUUCUUUAAAUCGACACACGAGAACUCAUACGAGAGAAAAACCUUAUAAAUGCAAAAUAUGCAAUAAAGCAUUUUCUCAGGCAUGGAGUGUAAAAGUUCAUACAAGAACACAUACUGGUGAAAACCCUUUUAAAUGUGACAUAUGUUCUAAGACAUUUGGUCAAAAAAUUUUUAUCAAGAAUCACAUUAAGAAUAUUCAUUUUAAAUAUCUAGGAGAAAAAUCUUGUAGUGAAAAAUUUGAUAGUAGCCCAAGUGUCAAAAUUCAUAUGAGAAUUCAUGGAG